CCUGUGUAAGCACACUAAUCAGGGUCGCAUGGAGGCUUCAAAAGUUCAACAAACGGCAAAUCAGACACACAUGUCUCAGUGUCCGAAGAUAAAAAGGGAGUGUUCGGACUGCGGUGUCAACGUUCUGAACGAAAACCUACAACAUCAUCUAGACACGGAGUGCCAGAAGCGAGUGGUUCUUUGCGGCGCCUGCAACAGUAUGAUGCGUUACGAUGAAUGUGGCGAGCACAGGGAGCAGUGUGAAAAAAAGAAACUUGCUUGCGAGUACUGCAAAUUGGAACUGAAAGGCGAUAAUGAAAAAAACGAGCACCUUGAAAUCUGCGAAGACGCUUCGAUUGAAUGUGCUUUUAAAGAGUUUGGAUGCAGCGAGAAAGCCCCAAGAAAAGAGAUGCAGGAACAUAAGAAGGACCCACAAAAUGCACUUCUUAAUCAAGUGAUGUUUAAGGCGAUAGACACAAUUUCGGAGCUUCAACAAAAAAUAAAAGAUAUGGAGCGGCGCAACAUGUCUCAGCAGGAGGAAGCGAAAACUGAAAAAGCGAAGCUAAUAAAAAAAAUACAAGAACUGGAGAACCGUCAGAUGUCUAAACAAGAGGAAGCGAGGAAUGAAAACGCGAAGCUGGUAAAAAGAAUACAAGAACUGGAGAAUCGUCAGCUUGAGGCGGAUCAAUAUCGCAUUGACCUUGAAGACGACGUUAAGGUCCACAGGACUGUGCUGCAGAACCUAGAAGAUAAAGUCGGACGCAUCUCAAGGGAAGCAGUCACCCGAAGGAGAGUGGACACGCUCAACGAACGAGUCGAAACGUACCUUGGUCCUUUGGAACGGCUGCUGAACGGCCUGCGUGAUGUGGACAAAGAAUGAAUGGCACUCCCCCAGUUGUCUCCGAUUUUGCCUGUAUCGAACUGCUGUCUUUCGAGCACUCUAUCACCAACAAUUCUGUCGACUGCAUGCGAGUGGCCAGAAUGCUAUGAUUAUACUUGUAGCUUUCAAAAGGUCACGUUUUCAGGCGUUAAAUAAAAUGAGUAGUUUCCAGAUAUA